AUGGUGACGCGACAACAAAGUCAGCGAAGAGGUCUUGAAGCCCAAGACGAACAGCAAUCGGGUUUAUCCAAGGAAACUGAGUCGAAACUGGUUAACUUACAGUCUUUACUACGGAAAUUAGCAUAUUUUAACCGAGCAACAGACGAGAUUUUGAGAGUGAAUUCGAAAGAGGCGAUAAUACGACAACAAACAACGCUAAAAACCAAG